AUGAUUGAAGGAAAUGCCAAUGAAUUACCCGAUUUCCAGGUGUUCCGGACGGUGAUAAAAUACUGUCUAUUCAUCAUAAUUGUACCUGUAUUGUCUUUCUUCGUGGUCAAAACCGUACUCUUCGAUGCCCUGUUGCGCGUAGAACCCAUUACAAGUAGCGUUUAUUCUGCUGUUGUUGCUGUAAUCGUUUUGCACGUUACUUUAGGGCUCUACAUAUACAGAGCAUACAGCGAAGCCGAAAAACCUGAGAAACCAGUAAAGAGAGAUUAA